GGCGCCCCCCGCCGGGGCCUCCGCCCGCGCCGGGCGGGAUGCGAGGAGCUCGCAAGCGGCUGUGCUCCGCAUUGAUCGUCGCGUAUGGUCUCUUCUCCAUCUACGCGGCCUACACCGUCUUCCUGCGGCCCCGCCGCCCGGCCGCUCCCCGGCCGCAGCACCGGGACCGCCGAGGCCCGCGAGAUCAUGCUGCCUUGGGAAAUGAAGAGUGGAAUCCAUGGGAAGGGGACGAGAAAAAUGAAUUGGUUGCCUCUCAGCAAAGAUACGAAGCUAAUCUUAAGAUGAUAAAAAAUGCAAGAUCUCAGCUAGAACAACCCAGUCUUAGAGUACAGAUUUGGGGUAAAGCAGCAAUUGGUCUUUACCUUUGGCAGCAUAUUUUUGGAGGGCAGCUUGAGCCACCUGAUGUGACUGCACAGUGGAGAGAAGGAAGCCAAAAAGCAGGGAAAACGUAUUUCAGUUUCAUCACUGGUCCGUCUGUAGUUCCUGGGUACUUCUCAGUUGAAGCUGAAAACGUGGUGCUAGUUGUGAACGGGAGGGAAAAAGCAAAGAUCGCUUACGCCACUCAGUGGUUGCAUUACGCAGGAACGUUAGUUCAGACUCACAAAAUACAGCAUGUAGCAGUUGUGCUGCUUGGGAAUGAGCGCUGCAACAAUGACUGGAUUCAACCAUACCUGAAAAGAAACGGAGGAUUUGUAAAUCUGCUCUUUGUGACAUAUGACUGUGUGUUGGUAAAUGGAGAAGAUAUAUUCCAGUGGCCUUUGGGAGUAGCUACCUACAGGAAUUUUCCAGUUGUAGAACCCAGCUGGUCAAUGCUGCGCAGUCCAAGAUCAUAUCUCUGUAAUUUCUUAGGAACAAUUUAUAAGAACUCUUCUAGGGAAACCUUAAUGGAAGUUCUGAAGCAGGAUGGGCUUGACAAACUGUGUUGGAUUGCAGCCAGAGAACAGUGGCAGCCUCAAGAAACAAAUGAAAGUUUCAAAAACUAUCAAGAUGCCUUGCUGCAGAGUGAUUUGACGUUGUGCCCAGUGGGAAUAAAUACAGAAUGCUAUAGAAUUUAUGAAGCUUGUUCAUAUGGAUCUCUGCCCAUUAUAGAGGAUGUAAUGACGCCGGGUGAUUGCGGAAAUUCAUCAAUGUACCACAGUGCUCCAUUACAAUUAUUAAAAACCAUGGGGGCUCCGUUUAUCUUUAUUAAAAACUGGAAAGAGCUUCCUGCUAUUCUAGAGAAAGAGAAAAAAAUGAACUUACAAGAAAAGAUUCAAAGGAGAAAAAAGCUUAUACAAUGGUAUCAAAACUUCAAAGUGUGGAUGAGACAGAAAUUCAUUAAUACCUUGGAAAAUUCAUUUUUGCCCAGCGAUAAGGGAUAAAUUGUCUCUUUUGAAAAUCUGGAAUAGAUUGAAACCUUGAUUUCCAUUAGCCUUCAGAGGAAGCUUUUCUACAAAAGAAAUCUCACAGGUCAGAUGUGUUCCUUUUCAAGUCAGCAGAAUUGCACUAGCUUGAUCAAGAGCUACGUUUGGCCCUCCAUCCUUAACAGUUUUCAGAGAGGCUAUUGACACAGCAGGAUGGUGCUCUGUGAGGAUGACAACAAUUUUAUUACAGUUUUUACAGUUUUCAUGUUGGUGUGUGACCUGAUAAUUUUUUUUUUGAGGAGAGUAUCUUUGAGCACGUGAAUGUAUUGAGAUCCAACAUGAGUACAACAGUUGUGAUUUAAGAGAAGAAUGAAAGAUGAAUAAUUUAUUACAUAGACCGAAGAGAAGUAUGAUAGCAAAAUUGCCAGGUUUAGCAGAAUCAUUAAGAUAUGUUCUGGUAAGUGCUUGUUUUGAAAAUGUGAACUGUUUACUUGACUGACAUUUCAUUUCCAAGGAAAUGGCCAUAAAGCUAAUUAAAUAC